AUGACAGAUUAUUUGGAUUCAGUGUCAAGAGCACAUCUACCAUCAGUACCAGUUAUUCAAGCCCAACUACGGGAAAGUUGUGAAGCAUUAAAUGAUAUGAAAACGUUAAAGCCAACUUUACAAAAAGUUGACGAGGUUGCUCACAGACUUUUGGAGUACUUUAGUCCAGCUUAUGCUGAACUUACCACUAAUCGACUUCAAUCACUGCACAAUGAUUGGAAUGAAGUGAGAAAUUUAACAAAGUCAAAUGGAGAUCAUUUAAGAGCCAAACUAUCUGAAGCCAACAGUUCAACAAUGAUAAGUAGAAAUCAAGAAUUUCCUGGUACAACAAUACUAUCAAAUUUAUCUUCAUCAGCGACAACUUUAAUUAAUACCCAUGUAACAUGUAAAAAUGAUUCAGCUGAUCGAUUAAUUACAAACGAUAAUACAGGUACAACUAAUAGUGAUAAUAACACUCCAUUAUCUACAUCAACUACUGAAUUUCCAACAACUGAUAGUUCAACAAUAUUGUCUCCAACUCCAACUCCUACUAUUGCUACUGUAUCAAAUGCUGUACAAGUAGAUAUUGCAAAGUUGGAAGUUUGGAUGCAUCAAUCAAAAGAACAAUUAUCACAAUUUUCCAUUAUAAAUGAUCCAAAUGAUUUGAAAAAACUGGAAAAUGUUAUCAAGGUGAUUAGUGACAAAAUCAUUGAGAAUCGACCAAUUUUAGCUGCAAUUGAUACAUGCAGCGCUGUUAGUAUAACAGGUCAACCUAUUUUAGACACUGAAGUCUUAUUAACAAAAGCUCAUUUUGCUGAUUUAGAAUCAGCUGUCACUGCAGAACGAGAACGCUUAAUGGCGGCAAUUUAUCAUUUAGAUGACUUUAAAAUUAUUUUGUUUGACGAGAAUAUACUGAAUAUUCAUUUUGUAAAACAAUCCCUUGACAGAUUAUCAAGAGAACAUACAACUGACGAUGAAGAACGCUUAAACAAAUUAGCUAAUGCAUUACAUGAAUCAUGCGUUAUGGGUAGUGCAAUAAUGAAAGAACUUGAAAUAUAUAAAACAGAACUAACCUUAGUUAAAGUUGAAAUUGAUUCUACAACUGCUUAUCUUCAAAGUUUACUAGACCAAUUACGUUCAGUUGAUGAACAUGUUACAGAAAUCGAGACUAGUUUAUUGAACAUUGAAGAUGAUUUGGAUAACUACUUUUUCAAUACACAAUCUACCGGUGACAUCAGUGUGUUAACAAAUAAAUUGCAAACACGUAUAAAAAGUGCAAAUAAUUUAAUUAAAGAUCUAGAUGAAAUGAUCGAAUAUAAUUCAUUACAUUCAUGUACUGAUUGUUUGACCAAUCGACUAGAAAGUUAUAAAGCUCAAUUACAGGAACGUGUUGAACCAUUGAGUAAAAUCUUACCUCAACUAUCAAAUCCUUCAGUUCAUCAGUCAAAGUUAAAUAAAUUAAACAUGGAAUUAAAACAAAUUGAAAACAAACUUUGUAGGCUAUAUGUUAUAUCUGUGGAUCCAGAAGAUAUUAAAGCAGCCGUUAGUAGUGGACGAACAAUGCUUGCAACAUUGAAUGAAUUAAAAACUGAUUUGUUAAAUAUUAUGGAUAGUGAUGAAUCAUUAUAUACUAAUGAAAAAUUAAACAAUGAAUGUUUAAGCAUGCUAUCUGAAAAACAUAAUCAAUUAGUUUUACAAAUUUUGUCUGGACUAGAACGUUUAGAUAAAGCUUUACCAUUAAUUGAAGAAUUAGAACAGCUUAUGUCACAACUUAAUGAAAAUUUGUUAAGUGUUGAAGAAGUAACUGACUACUUAGAAACAGCUGAUUGUCCUGUAUCAAGAAAAGAUUUGAUUCAAAAAAUUUAUCAACAGUUAACACAUUUAUGCCAAGAGAAUGGUACAGUUGUUCAGAUUAGACAAGUAGCUAAUAAAUUGAAAUCAUUGACACCAGAAGACAAACCAGAAUUAACUGCUGAAUUAUUUAAUGAAAUUGAAGACCAUUUACAUAGAGUGAUCAUGGCUAAAGAAAUAUUUCAAUCACAAAUGGAUGAAGUAGAAAAAGAUACGAAAUGUAAUGAAUUAUUAGAAAAUUCUAUAAACCAACUGAAAUUACGCAAUAUUCAUACACCUGAAUUAAUUGAUAAACUUACGGCCGAUGUCUAUUCAAAUCCAACAAUCAAGAAAUCAUCCGGUGAUUACUUAUUAUCAAUUAAUCGUUUAAUUGAUAAUCUUUUAAAAUCUGAUGCACAAAUUUCACCAACAUUAUACAAUUUAGCUCGAGAAAUCCGGAUACAUUUCAAUGGAAUUAUAAAUUUUAAUUGUUAUUGUUUGGGAACCAGUGGACCAUUGUCUUUAUCACAAACUGAUUCAUGUAACGAAGACUAUCAGUAUUGUUCAGACAACAUGAUUCUUGAAACUUCAGUCUCUGAAAGGAAAACUUUGUUACAGAAAAGUUUUCUGAAUCAUAAACCAAUAUUAGAGAAUACAGUUGGAAGUCAAACAAUGAAAACUAUAAAUGAAUCUGUUUCUUCCUCAGCAUUAUUAACAAGUCGAAUGAAUGAAUGUUACGCGACUAAUGCUACAAAAACAAUAGAUACCUUGGAAUCACCACCAAUAACUGCAGUUAUUUCUAAUCCAUCUGAAACCACAUCUACAGUAUCAACUGUAGUAUGUCAUAAAUCUAUAUCACCUAUAUUGAACCGUAUGCGUAAUGAAAUACAACAAUUAACUCGUUGGUUAACUACAAUCAGAAAUAUACUUGAAACUAGUCAAGCAAAACUUGGUGAUCGAUUUGAUCAAGAUACUGAAAGUCAACAAUUACAACAAAUUAAACAAGCUAUAACUGAUGGGAUUUUGUCUGAAAAACUGGUGGUCUAUCAUCCAGCUACUAUACAGCUUAAGAUAAAACAAUUUCUCACAGAAUUUGAAGCACGUAAACCUCAAGUAGAAAGAAUACAUUAUGAAAAAGAACGUUUAUUAUCUUGGACAACAAAAAAUCGUUCAGUUGAAGAAUUAACAACACAAAUUGAUCAACUACAAAAUCAAUGGGAUUCAGUUGAACAACAAAUGAUCGAACGUUCAGAAAAAUUAGAUCAAAUGUUAUCUGGUAUACAAACUUUAAAAGAAUUAGAACGUGAUGUUGAACGAGAAAUUAGCAAAACAGAAGCUGAUUUACAAAGUAUUGAUACAUCAAAGAAUCAAUCGAAUGAUCAAAGUUUAUCGACUUCUAGAAUUCUUGUUAUGACUCCAGAAACAUGUCGUAAACAUUUACAAGAACUGAUCGACAGUUUGCCACAAAGAUGUGCUAAGAUUAAAUUAUAUCAAAAAGAAUGUGAAGCAUUAAUUAAACAGUUCCCUACAGAGGAUACUAGUCGGAUACGUGCUGACAUGGAACAAACAAUAAAACGUUGGAAUGAAUUAGAAAAAUCAAUUAAAAAAACUAAAACUCUCUAUCUUCAUGAAGCAUUACCACAAGUAUAUGAUCAUUUUAAAGAACAACAAACUAAAUUAAAAGAUCGAAGAACAUCCAGUUCAGAUGGUAUACGUAAACCAACAUUAAAUGAACAAUUAGAAAUGAUAGAGAAUAAAUUUAAUCAAAUAUCCAAACUUGAAGCAGAAUUAAAUCAAUCUGGUUCAAAUAUGGAUAAUCAAUUAUUAAUUGAAAAGAGAGCACAUCUUGUUACAGAAUCACAAACACUACAAGCAGAAAUUAAUAUGAUCGCUACACAAAUAGCCAGUAGUGCAAAAUCUUCAGCGCAAGCAUUAAAUGUUUUGCCUAAUCAAGAAUUUUUCAGACGUUUGCGUCAGUUAAGAGAUAAAAUUGCUAAUUUACGACGAACGAUGCAGUUGAAUUCUAACCAGUCACAUUUAUAUUUAACGAAAUUAAAAAAAUUAAAUGAUUGGUUAUCACAUAGAGAUGCUGCAUUUCAUGAAAUUCUUGUACCAAUUCAAGGAGAUAUGGGUAAUGUGAUCAGCUUGAGAGAAAAGUUAUUGGGUUUAUUUCAAGAACUUAAUACAAAUCGUUUACAAAUUGAAGAAAUUUUAUGCCAUCAUGAUAAUAUAAAUCAAAAUAAAUUAAAUGUUUCAAAUGAACGUGAAACAGAAAUUGAUUCAGAUUUAUCUGAUUCAGGAUGUAAAAAUAAUAUAGAAGAUUGUAAUUUACGAACUAAUCGUCGUAUAACACGUCAUUUAUAUCAUUUAAAGAAAAAAUGGUUAAAUUUAAAUAAUAAUAUGUUAGAUUUUAAAUGUCAACUUGAUGGUAUAUGGGAGCGUCUAUCCAAUUUUAAUUCAUUGCUAAAUGAUGCUGUAGCUCAAGUGAAAAGUGCUGAAUCUGUAACAUUGAAAUGGAUCCCUAUAGAGUUUUUACCAAGUGAACAUAUAAAAACUGAAUUAGAUCAAACAAAGUCUUUUUAUGAAGCAUGUGAACCAUUGGCUCAUUCACUGGACAGCUUAGAACGACAAGUACUUCAAUUGCAAGAAAUACAAGUACAAAUCGAACCAAAAUUACGUGUGCAGUUAAAUUGUAUCAGAAAUGAGUUUGAAAGAAUACGUGUUAUUACACAAACUCGAAUUCAUCAACUUAAUCAAAGUUUAUCAGCACUACAAAUGAUGCCACAAAGACCGAAAUAUCAAACCGUUACACGUAAUUCCUCUCAACGUACUCAAGGAUCGCGUCAUGAAGCUAUAGAACCAGUUGAUCAAACUAUCUUAGCGACUUCAGGACAAUCAAAAAAUGUUCCAUUACACGAUUCUGUUCGUUUACCAUGGGAAAGAUGUGUUCAUCCAUCUGGUACACAAGUUCCAUACUAUAAAAAUCAUGAAACGCAAGAAACUCAAUGGGACCAUCCAAUUUUAUGUGAUUUAAUGAAAUCUAUGAAACAAUUUAAUACUGUUCGUUUCUCUGAUUAUCGAACUGGUUUAAAACUACGUCGUUUGCAAAAAGAACUGUGUUUUGAUUCGAUAAGUAUCUCAUUUGUUGCCGAGAGUUUAAAACAUAUUGGCCAUUCACAAACAUUAAGUAAUCCUAUACUUGGUCAACAAACAACUGAUCCAUUUGAUCGUAUGAUAAGUGUACCUCAAAUUAUUGAUUAUUUACUACAAUUGUUUAAUCAUACAAGAACUUUGUACGGAUUAAAUAAUCAUAAUCAAAAAUCUACAACUGAUAGUUCUUAUGGACAUAAUUCUGGAGUUGAUGCAGAUAAUUUGAAAGUAAAUGAACCAUGUCUAAAUAAUAUUCAUGGUUCUAAUUCCAACUUAAAAGAUCAUAUUAAUGAACCCUAUUCAACACUGCCAGGUUCACGACCUUCCGAUUGUGAAUUAAAAUCAAGUACAAUUGAAUCACAAAAUCAUUCAAGAAAUUGUAUGGGGAGUUUUCUACGUUCAUCUUCAACAACACGUCCAAAUAAAUCAAUAUUAUUUUCUUCACCAUCAACUGAACAUGAAAACAGUAGAAAAUUGACUAAAACUCCUGUUCGUGAUCCAGGCUGUCAUACAAUAGAAAAUGAAAAUACAUUAAGUGAAGAUAAUCGAAGUUCUAGUCUACCUGUGUGCACAAUUAUGCAAGUUAACAAUUAUAAUAACAAUAAAGAUAUGAAUAGUGUUAAUCGUGGUCGACGAAAUACAAUGAGACGUAGAAAGCAUUAUUUAAUUGGUUCAAUUAAACGUCCGGUGAAUGUAUGCGUUGAUCUUAUAUUGAAUUGGUUAUUAAAUGUUUAUGACCGAAUGCGAUGUGGUACCAUUCGUGUUCUGUCAUUCAAAGUAGCAUUGGCUUUAAUGUCAAUGGCAAAUUUAGAUGAGAAAUAUCGAUAUCUAUUCAGUCUGAUAUCUGAUCGUGAUGGUUGUGUAGAUGAGCAACGACUAGGUGCUCUACUAUAUGAAUGUGUACUUAUUCCACGUAAUCUUGGUGAAACUGGACAGUUUGGAAAUGAAGAUUUUAAUCAAUAUGUAAAAACGUGUUUCCAACAAGUCCUUGAAAUUUCAAAGCAUUCGGAUAAAAUAGAUGGAACUUUAACAUAUCAUUCUAAACCUACAGCAAGGAUUGUUCAUUUCUUGACAUGGCUUCGUUUAAAUCCACAAAUGUUGACGUGGUUGCCAUUAUUACAUCGUCUUGCUUUAUCUGAACAAGUAAUUCAUCACAUACGUUGCAGUGUAUGCCAUAAUCAACCUCUUAUUGGACUUCGAUAUCGUUGUCUACGUUGUCUAAAUUUUGACAUGUGUCAGCAAUGCUUUUUUGCUGGAAGAACAUCUAGGAAUCAUAAGCUUACGCAUCCAAUGCAAGAGUAUUGUAGUCAUUCUACAUCCACAGAUUCAUUUAAAGAUUUUACACGAAUUGUAAGAAAUCGUUUUCGAUCCAGAGAUCGUUUAAAUGACGAAAAUGAACGUCGUAAAAUUAAUAAUGCAAAUGGUCAAAAAGUUAGACGAUCCAGUACAAGUCGUACAAGAUGUAAACGUAAUAGUUUGAAUAGCUUUGAUGAAGAUAAACCUCGUCCAGCACCAACUUACAGUCAAGAUCCAUUCUCUGAUUUUGCAGAAUAUCAAAAUUUAGACACUCCGUUUGUUAAUGAUCAGAAAUGCCCAUAUCGAAAUUCGAUCUCGAAUACACAAUCACCUCAACAUUAUUUUCUAAACGAGACAAGUAAUAAUUACAACAACAAUGAUAAUAAUAAUCAACAUCCUAUUCCAAGUUGUAGACCAUUAUCAAAUGUAGCUAUGCCUUCAAAUCAAUAUUCAAUGCCACCGCGUGCAUCAUCUGAUACUCAAUCGUCAAUGUCUAGACAGAAAAAUAUCAAUACGAACUUAUUUACAACACCACCACCAUUAACAACAACAACUCCGUCACCGCAAACUUUACAAAUCAACUCAAGAUUAAAAGCUGACCUUGACUGUAAUUACAAGCAAACUAGUGAACGUGUAAAUAUUCAACAAUAUCAUGGUGAUAAUGAAGAACAUAAAUUAAUUGCACGUUAUAGUCAAGAAUUAAGACAAUAUAGCGAACCUGAAUUGCCUCAUUUGCAACAAACAUCAGUACUUCAAUCAAUGUCUUGUUCCACUGGUCCGAUGAUCAUGGAAAGAUCUACCAUAUCAGAUGGUAUUUCAACGAAUGUUCCAGGUAUGGAUGUUGAACAAACACAACCGUUUAUUAGUGGACAUCUUAGUUUGGACCGACGUCAAACCGAUCGAGGGGUAAAUUUCCCACCAUUAGGUUUUGGAAAUCCUGCACUACGUGGAUCUUUUUCUGGAUGGACGCCACGUGCUUUAAAUGGUACUUUACGCAUUGACAAUCAAUAUGGCCCAACUGGUCACUUACCUCAAACAUCCUAUCAGACUUCUAUGGGUCAAGACGUUAAUCCAGAUAUAUAUACACGUCAUAUUCAACGUACAUUUUCACUAAGAGCUAGAUCACAACCUCCACCGGAGAUUCAAGAAACAAUGUGGAAACCUAUCGGUAGCACAAAUAUACUUUCUCGUCCCCCAACCUAUCUUACUAACUAUCCAAUCCAACAAUUACAACAACAGCCCUAUGGACAAAUGCAACAGACUGUUCGAUCACUUGAAGAUGAACAUCGUGCGUUACAGUAUGAAUAUGAUCGUUUAAGACAAAGAUCUACAACUCCAACCAAUAUAUCAGGAUCGUAUGGUACAAUGAAUAGAAUACAAUAUUCACAACAACGAGUCAAUGCUAGAAUACCUCAUCCAAAUCCUUUAUUGUAUUCUCAACCAUUCCAGUCAACAGAAACAGGUCGUGUAAAUAGUAUACAGCGAACUAUAACUCCAACUAAUUCACCGUGUAGAACAUUAUCGAUUAAUAGUGGCCACUUUUUAUCAAGUCCAUUGGAUUCAGGCAUUCUACCUUUAUCAGCACAAAAUUUGCCUGGGCGGGCGAAUAGUUCUUCUCUUGACCUUGGAUAUACUACUACUGACCAGUAUACUACAGAUUCGACAUCAGCACCAUACAAAUAUCAAGGACAUAUGAAUGAAGCAAUAUUGGUUGGUGGUGUAGCCAAUGAACCACAUCAAGAAUCCCGAUUAUUAUGGGAACAUAAAGGACGUCUUGAAGCUAGAAUGGUAAUGCUUGAAGAACAUAAUAGACAACUGGAACAACAGUUACAACGUCUUCGACAAUAUCUUGUAAGUGGAAAUUCUGCACCUGAUCCCAUUCCAUUACAUAAUACAAAUUCUACAGGAGAAUCUGUUCAUGCGGGAAUCGGCAAUCAAAAUAACGUAAGCAUACGUCAGCGUUCAUCAUCCGGUGGUAUUAAUAAAAACAAUUCCAAAAAUUGUUCAGAAAGUGUUGGUCAAUUAACUGGAACACCUAUGGAAUCAAACCAACAGUAUAAUUCUAACAGACAAAUAGCACAAAGAUCUUAUUCAGAAAGAUCUCCAGAGAAUAUUAAACAUCCACUUCCACAUCGUAUAACUGACGAUAUCAUCACUGAUAUUUCACAACGUAAACCUGAGUUAAGACUAUAG